AAUUAACUUCUUCCUGAAUGUAAGAUCGUGGCUUGCUUGGACUUACCGCGAAAGAACCAAGGCUUUUUUUUGUCUUGAAAAUCUGGCCGUUAAAAAUGAAUGAAGGAAUUAAAAAAUCAUCAUCUUCUCUUAUCUCUCUUAACAGCAAAUUCUUUGUUCUUCAGAAGCUCCGUCUGUUUUCCAUGGCUUUCUCUGCAACCAUCUCACACAACACUUUCUCUUGUAUUCCUUCAUUCCAUCAGAGCCUAACAAGAAACCCGAUUCGUUUUCCGUCUUUUAGACCCAUAAAAGCUGCUUCAGAACCAGAGAAGGAAGCCAAAACUGAAGUGUCCAGCAAUGCUCAACCUUCAAGUUCGAGCACAGCUACCACUAAUCUUCCCAAAAAACCAGUUUAUUCGAUGAAGAAAGGACAGAUUGUGAGGGUGGAUAAAGAGAAGUAUCUUAACAGCAUCAAUUACCUAUCAGUAGGGCAUCCCCCUUACUACAAAGGCUUGGACUACAUAUAUGAAGAUCGUGGCGAGGUUCUGGAUUUACGCAUUUUUGAGACUGGAGAGUAUGCACUUGUUGCUUGGGUUGGCAUCCCAACUGCUCCUGCGUGGCUUCCAACAGAUAUGCUUAUCAAGUCGGAGAAGCUCAACUAUGAGAGAUUGUGAACAAAUGAGACACCAACAGUGGAAUUUCACAAGUGAUGAUGCAGACCACUUGUUUCCAUAUGAAAUUUGUUAUAAAUUACUAUGAUUCUAAUUCACUAUUGUUUACUAAUGUUGAAUUUCUGUCCAAAAUCAAUUCAGUAACAAAUU